AUGUGGGUGGUCAGCUACUUUUGCAUUUUUCGAGGAACGAAGUCGACUGGAAAGUCCGUUUAUGUCACCUCGACGUUUCCGCUUGUCAUGAUGAUGAUUCUCAUCGUCCGAGGGGUCACCUUAAAAGGAGCAGCAAAAGGACUCGCUUUUUAUCUCAAGCCGAAUUUCCCAAAACUUUUGGAGAUCAAUGUCUGGAUCGACGCCGGAACACAAGUCUUCUUCAGCUACAUGAUCGGCAUUGGAACAGCAAUCGCGCUUGGUUCUUACAACGACUUUCAUUUCAACAGCUUCAAAUGGUCCCUAUUUCUUUGCGGAUUUAAUGCAUCCGCAUCCUUCUUCUCCGGCUUCGCUAUCUUUUCGAUUCUCGGCUACAUGUCCACAUUGACAGGAAUCGACGUUGCUGACAUCGCUGAAAGUGGCCCCGGACUUGCUUUUAUCGUUUAUCCUCGAGCAGUGAGUUUGAUGCCCCUUCCCAAUCUCUGGGCCAUUCUUUUCUUCACGAUGCUUUUGAUGCUCGGCCUCGCUAGCCACUACGUCGGCGUUGACGGUCUCGCCGCCAUGAUUGCCGAUCUCUACCCAAAACAAUUCAAGACGAGUUCGACGGGACGUCCCAUUCUCGUCGGUUGUAUUUGUCUCCUCUGCUUCCUGGUCGGACUGCCAAUGAUGACUGAUGGUGGAAUUUACGUCUUCCAAAUUUUCGACAUUUAUGGAGCGUCCGGACUGUGCCUCUUGUGGGUGGCAUUUUUCCAGACGUCGGUUGUGGCUUGGAUUCACGGGCGGGAUAAUUACUACAAGAAACUCAGCCUCAUGUAUAGCAAGGAAAUCAACGUCUUCCGCUACCCUUGGUACAUCUUCGGCUAUCUCUGGCAGUUCAUCACUCCCAUUGUUUGCAUGCUGGUUUUUGUCAUCAAACUGACUCAAAUGGGAAGAACGGUUUAUGACAAAACGUACUUGUAUCCAGCUUGGGCCGAUGCUUUUGGAGUUUGCCUCGCGUCCUCCUCCAUGAUUGCAAUUCCGACCGUCUUUAUCUUGGAAUACCUCAGAUCUAACGGAGGUUCUUUCAUCGCUGCCUACAACCGAGAAGUGUCCUUUUUGGAAAACAUUCAAGACCCUGAAUUUUACAGCAAAUUGUCAACCGCUGCGUCGAAUAAAUGGAAAGACGUCAUCACAGAAAGAAUUUCAGCUGAGACGAAGGCAAUUAUUUCGGGGCUAGAGAAAGAAGAGACGACAGAAGAGAAAAAUAUUUCAUCAAAAGAUGAUUUUCUCAUAGAAUCGUAA